GGCCGCUAACCCGGCCGGAGGGGACGCGGCGGCGGCCGGCGACAAGGAGAUUUGGAAAGUGGGGCUGGCGCCCGGCGACGUGAAACAAAUCACCUUGGCGCUCGGGGCCGGAGCUUUCAAAGACGGGACCCUGCUGCUCGAGGGCAGCGGCCGCGACGAGGGGCUGCGGAGGACCCCGCAGGGCAUCGGGCUCCUGGCCAAGACCCCCCCCUGAGCCGCCCUGUCACGAGGAACAACGCCAAGUCCCCGCGCAUCCAAACUUUGAUCUACGACGCCCUCGAGAGACGACGGGGCUGGGCGCUGCUCUACCACGCGCUCGUACUCUUGGAGCUACCUAAGCGGCAGAACUGGGAUCUCGCAGGGGUGUUGCGCCUAUGUCCUAGUGCUGUCUUCACCAUGUCACUGCUGUCCCCAGUGGCAGACGAUACAGAAAAAGACCAUGAUACCAAAUUAGCUUCUUUCAAAGAACAAGAUGCUGGGGUCCUUCCCAUGGGAGGUGUGAUACAUCGUCUGAACAAACCAGUUCUGGGAUUCAUUCUUCACCCCUCUAGGAGCAAGAUGGAGUUGCAGCCAUGGAUGAUGCCCAGGAGGGCCCCUGGAUAAGAUUAUACCUUUAUGACAACCACUUGGCCUACACCAGAGCCUUAUAGUGCUUGCUGUGCCCAAGUUCGAAUGUGCUGGAGUUGUACCAGCCGGGCCUCUCUCAGCCUUCUGAUUCCCUCCUCUCGGGCUCCUCAGAGACUUGAUCACCCAAGAUAUUGAAAGGGUACCAAAUUCUAGAAACAGGAUGGCUGCCUCCCUGCAGACCCAUGACAAAACAUGCCCGAGCUUUUGCCCUCGAACCCGAGCACCAAGACACCCAGCCAGCUGGAUGGCCUGUCCAACACUAUGCAGAAUGCCGCCAGCAUCGAGAGCUUGAACCUCUCCAACAGUGAGGUGAAGUCUGCAGGGGAGUUGGACGAGGGCAAAAGUCUGCAGCCAGAAGAGAUGAGUACCGAUAGAAGUGCCCUGUGCACCGCCCUCCCUGAUAAAUCAACCAACAUAAGCUCCAUCCUGGAAUUGUUUCCCAAGUUACUAUGCCUGGACAGCCAGGACUCACCUUCACCAACCAGCCUCAGUAUUGCAGCCCACAAGAGGUUACCGACCUGCAAGGGAAGCUUCUUUGGAUCUGAUGCCCUGAAGAGUCUAGUCCUGCAAUUCCUGCAGCAGUACUACUCGAUCUACGACUCUGGAGACCGUCAGGGUCUCCUCAGUGCCUACCACGAUGAGGCCUGCUUCUCCCUGGCCAUUCCCUUCAACCCCGAGGAGUCAGCCCUAAGCAGCUUGUGCGAGUCCUUCAAGGAAAGCAGGAAUAUGAAGAAGCUCAAGAACCCCUGUUCAUCCCUGCGUGUUCAGCUGCAGAAGCAUACAAAACGUGACAUCGUGCACUCCCUCUGUGUGCUGCCUCAAACUCAGCAUGACCUCAGCUCCUUCAUGGUGGACAUGUGGUUCCAGAUGGAGCUUAAGACACACAGACACCAGGAGUGUGCGUGCACAGUGAGACAACCAUGUGAAGAGGCAGCAAGAGGGCACCCAUCUGCAAACCAGGGAGAGAAGCCUCAGAAGAAACCAAACCUACCAACACCUUGAUUUUGGACUUCUAGACUCCAGAACCAUGAGAAACAAAUUUCUGUUGUUAAACCACCUAGUCUGAGGUAUUUUUGUUAUGGCAUCCCAAAUAGUCUAAUACAAGCUUUAUGAACAUGUUGCAGAGUUUUGUAGGUUAUAAAGCAGGUACAAAAGCCUGUCAGAGAAAAGAUGAAAGUAAAGUGAUGAUCAAUGACCAGUAAAACUAAGAGAAAGAUGGUUUAUUUGUAUUUGUGUCAGGCAAAGUAGAUAUCAAGCAUUAUUUGAAAUAAAGAAGGUUACUAUAUAAUCAUAAAAGAAAAUUUAUUAAAAAGAUAAAAAUUCUGAAUUUACAUUCACCUGAUAACAUAGCUUUAAAAAUAUAUAAAGCAGUAAGUAACAAAGUUACAAGUAACAGAUAGUAAAAGUCAUUUUUGUUUAUACAACAAGGAAAUUCAUUUGCUUAUAUAAUUGAGAGUCCAGAAGAAGAGGCUUCAAGGUUAGUUGAUCCAGUGACUCCAGGGUAUAAAGAUUCAGGCUCAGUCUUGAACCAUUCACUGUGGCCAGGGACAUAGGUUUAUUGGGUUCAAGUAGACUAACUCUGGACACACUCUUAGAGCUAGUGGUCAAAUUCCUCCCAAACACAUGACUGUAUGAGAGAAGUAGUGUGCUUAUAUACCUUAAUUUAAAUAUACUUUAUUGUUAAAGAAUGCUUACCGUCAUCUUAGCUUUCAGUGAGUCAUAAUCACUGAUCACAGUCACCAUAAUAUAAUAAUUUGAGCCCAUUAAAAUGAUGAGGCAUGAAUAUGUGUAGGUAAACAAAGAUAUCAUCUCCAGGGACCAACUCAAAGCACAUUUAUCAAUAUAAGCAUAAUACCCACAAUACUUAAUCUCUACUUGUUUCCAAAUACUCUCUAUCCAAGUAACAAAGACAGGUACUUCUAUUCAAGAACUACCUACAAUGAAUUAGUGAAUGGGUAGUUACAAAGCACUAACGUUCUCACUGACACAGUACAAAUUUUGGAAGAAUCUCAAAGACAUCCAGUGCAGCAUGCUUAAGUCUAAUUUUCUUUGUCAAGUUUUUAACAGGGACUUUUCUUCACUAUUGUACUUAGAUAUUACUGUGUCAGGAUAGUUUUAUAAAGGAAUAAAUUCUUCAUAUUUACUAUUUUAUCAUUCUGUAAACAUAUAACAGAUUUCAUAAAGAUAUGAAAGAUGGGAAUCAAAGAAAAUUGUCACCACUUAUAGUCAUCAAAAAUUUUCUUUAAAGAGCAUCAUUAAAUUUCAGUAUGGAAUGUCUUUAAAAGCUCUGGACUUUGAGAGGAAAGCUAGUCUCAUAUAAAUAUACAAAAAUUAAAGAAUAUCUUUAAUUAAUACACAUACUUGUAAAUAUAGGCAUACCUCAAAGAUUGCAGGUUUGGUUCCAGAACACAAUAA